GUUCUCUCCGCGCCUCACGCGCCUGCGUUUGGAGGUCGGAGGCCGAGGUCCGGGUGGGGGGUCCCCGCGGGGGGUCCCCCAGGGCCCGGCCUGGCGGAGGAUGCAGGGGGCGCGCGCCCCCGGAACGAACCUAUCCCCGGGACUCCCAAGGAGCAGGGCCCGGGCGAGCAGCCCCGGCUGGUACCGGCGGCAGAGGAGGAGGAGCUGCUUCGGGAGAUGGAAGAGCUGCGCUCGGAGAACGACUAUCUUAAGGACGAGUUGGAUGAACUCCGUGCCGAGAUGGAGGAGAUGAGGGACAGUUACUUAGAGGAAGACGUUUACCAGCUGCAGGAGCUCCGGCGGGAGCUGGACCGCGCCAACAAGAACUGCCGGAUCCUGCAGUACCGCCUCAGGAAGGCCGAGCAGAAGAGCCUGAAGGUGGCUGAGACCGGGCAGGUGGACGGCGAGCUCGUCCGCAGCCUGGAGCAGGACUUAAAGGUAGCCAAAGAUGUGUCUGUCAGAUUGCACCAUGAACUUGAGACCGUGGAGGAGAAAAGAGCCAGAGCCGAGGACGAGAAUGAGACGCUCCGACAGCAGAUGAUUGAAGUGGAGAUAUCCAGGCAGGCCCUCCAGAAUGAGCUGGAGAGACUGAAGGAGAGCUCCCUGAAGAGAAGAGGCAGCCGGGAAACGUACAAAGAAAAGAAAGCCUUUGCCCAGGAUGACAGUGCCGAUCUGAAGUGCCAGCUUCAGUUUGCCAAAGAGGAGGGCUCCCUGAUGCUCAGGAAGAUGGCUAAGCUGGGGCGGGAGAAGGACGGGCUGGAGCAGGAGCUGCAGAGGUACAGGGCCCUCUACGGGGACGUGGACAGCCCCCUGCCCACCGGCGAGGCGGGCGGGCCGCCCAGCACCCGGGAGGCCGAGCUGAAGCUGCGGCUGAAGCUGGUGGAGGAGGAGGCCAACAUCCUGGGCCGGAAGAUCGUCGAGCUGGAGGUGGAGAACAGGGGCCUCAAGGCGGAGAUGGAGGACCUGCGGGGCCAGCACGAGCGGGAGGCGGCCAGCCGGGACCCUGUCUCCAGCAUCCCUACCUCACCCUUCGGCGACUCCCCGGAGUCCUCCGCGGAGCUGCGCCGGCACCUGCAGUUCGUGGAGAGGUGCGAGCUGCUGCGGCGGUCCGAUCUCCCGAGAUCGAGGGACCACAACCCGGGCCGGAAGGAGAGCGACGGGGAGGACGGCCGCCCGCCCCAGCCCAGGCGCGAGGGCCCCAUCGGUGGCGAGAGCGACUCGGAGGAGACCUUUGAGAAGACGUCGGGCUUCGGCAGCGGAAAGCCAUCGGAGGCCGGAGAGGGCCCGGCGGAGCUGCUCAGGGCCCGGGAGGACUCUGAGUGCCUGACGAGCAUCAGGCACGAGGCCGAGCGGCUGGAGCGGACCGUGGAGCGCAUCAUCACCGACACCGAGGACCUUGCCGCCGUCUUGCCCGGGGCUGGCGUCCAGGGGGACGGGGAGAGGGGAGAGGGCGCCCAGACGGAGCCCCAGCUGCUGGGGACCCUCAACACCAGGAUGAAGGCUUUCAGGAAAGAGCUCCAGGCCUUCCUGGAGCAGGUGGACCGGCUCGGGGACGGCCUGAGGGAGCGUCUGGAGGGCCUGUCCCCGCUGCCCCACCUCACGGAGUCGUCCAGCUUCCUGUCCACUGUGACCUCCGUGUCCCGGGACUCCCCCGUCGGGAACCUGGGGAAGGAGCUGGGCCCUGACCUGCAGUCCAAACUGAGAGAUCAGAUGGAGUGGCAGCUCGGGCAGGAGCGAGGGGAGGAGCGGGGGCCUCUGCCUCCGCGAUCAGAGGACUCGGACGUCGGCAAGAUUCCCACCGGAUUCUUCCCUGACCGCUCCCUGGGGCUCCCGGCGAAGCUGCUGAGAGAUUCCCAUUUGCCGCUGUGCCGCCGCUGUACCAUGCCCGCCGCGGUGAAGCGGCCCGGGGCUUCCCGCCAAGUGUGCGCCGAGCACAGGUGUCGACCUGUUUCGUGUCCCACGGGCAGGGUGGCGCGGGCUGGCUGGCGGUGUGCAGAGGCUGGCUUUGGUCCGGGUGGCGGGUCAGGACGGGGCCUGUCUCACCCUCGCGUCCCCUCCCUGCAGAGGGAGGAGGAGCACCUCUGUGCCUGGAGGUGGCGGGAGCUGGAGGUGCAGGACUCUCUGCAGGAGCGGAGCUGGAGCGACGAGGGCCACCUGCUGCAGCAGGAGCUGCGGUCCUGGAGGCAGAACGUCUUCCUCUUCUACGUCAAACUCAGGUGGCUCCUGAAACGCUGGCGGCAGGGGAAGCAGCUGGAGGAGGAAGGAGAGGACUUCACCGAGGGCGAAUUUCCGGAGGCCUUCCCCAGACUUGGGGAGCUGGGAGUCCAGGGGGACCUACAGGCAGACGGGCCGGCCCGAGAUGACAGGGGCCCAGGCUGUGGCUUUCUGCUGGGAGAGCGCCCUGCACACCCCCCUGUGCAGGCCGGGGACCACGGAGCAUGGCUGCUGCCCACGGACGGGGGACAGCUCCACAGGCAGGUGGCGGAGAACCAGCAGCUGUUCUGCGCACUCAGGGCCCUGCUGGAGGACCUGCGCUCCGAGCUGCGGGAGGACGCGCGUGCCCGGUGGCGGCUGCAGCAACAGUAUGCGCGCGACAAGGCGGCCUGGGACGUGGAGUGGGCGGCGCUCACCUGCCGCCUGGAGCAGAGCGACCUGAGCCUGGGGGACAUGGGCGCCCCCGCCGACAGCAAAGAAGCUCUCCGGAAGGAGAGGGAGGCGCACCAGAAGCUGCUGGCGGACAGUCACGGGCUGGUCAUGGACCUGCGCCAGCAGAUGCACCACAGCGAGAAGAACUGGAACCGGGAGAAGCUGGAGCUUCUUGAGCGGCUGGACCGGGAGCGGCAGGCGUGGGAGCGGCAGGAGGAGGAGCUGCGCUGGACGAUCCGGCAGUUGCAGAAAGAAAACAGUCCGUGGAGAGGCAGCAGUUUCCUCUGUGAUCAGAACGAAGGUGACCUCAGCCCCCGUGCCCACCCAGGGGGGCCCCGGGCGCCCCGCCCCGCGGGGACCUGGCCCUGUGCGGACACCGACUCCACGCCCUUCCAAGACCGGCCACUGGCCAAGCUGAAGGAAUCAGACAGGUGCUCAGCCCGGGAGAACCUCUACCUGGAUGCCCUGUCCCUGGACGAGGAGCCAGAGGAGUCUCUGGCCCGCGGGCCGCAGAGGGAGCUCAGGACCUGCUUCCCCAAGGAAGAAGACAAUCAUAAGGGAAAUCUUCAAAGAGCCGUGUCUGUGUCAUCCAUGUCUGAGUUCCAGCGCCUGAUGGAUGGCUCCCCUUUCCUGCCAGAGAAGGGGCUGCCCCCAGCAAGCAGCAAGGAGGACGUCACCCCACCCCUGUCCCCCGAUGACCUCAAGUACAUUGAGGAGUUCAACAAUGAGAGUUGGGCCGACAGGACGGAGGCCGGCACCGAGCUCUUUCCCGACUCCUCCUGGUAUCUCACCACAAGCGUCACCCUGACUACGGACACCAUGACCAGCCCAGAGCACUGCCAGAAGCAGCCCCUGCGGAGCCUCGUCUGCGCCGAGCAGGCCGGGGUGAGGGUGCUGCACAGCCCGCCUACCGUCCGGAGGCUGGACAGCAUAAUGGCGGUAGGCGGUGAGGGCCGGGCCCGAGGCCUGGGGGACACGAAGGGGGCCCCCUCGGAACACGUACUUAGCAGGUGGCCCUGUGCCCCCUCCAGGCACCCCCGAGACUACGUGGAGGGUGGGCCCCGGCCCCUCGACAGCACCCUGGCUACCCCACUGGGUUUCUCCCCACCACUGCACAGCCUGGAGAUGUCCAAGAACCUGAGUGAUGACAUGAAGGAGGUGGCCUUCUCCGUCAGGAACGCCGUCUGUUCUGGCCCCAGCGGGCCUCUGGUGAAGGACAUGGCCUGCCAGACCAAUGGGUCCCGGACAACGGGGACGCAGACCGUGCAGACCAUCAGCGUCGGCCUACAGACCGAAGCCCUGCGGGGCGGCGCUGUCACCAGCAGCCCCCACAAGUGUCUCACACCCAAGGCGGGGGGUGGUGCCACGCCCGCGUCCUCGCCUUCCCGCGGCCUCAGGGGCAGGCAGGCAGCCCCGGCCAUCGAGAAGGUGCAAGCCAAGUUCGAGCGCACGUGCUGCUCCCCCAAGUACGGGUCCCCCAAGCUACAGCGGAAGCCCCUCCCCAAAGCUGACCAGCCAAAUCCCAGGCCCUCGACGGCGCUGGCCCAGAAGGGGUGCAGCGAGUCGGCCUGGGCCCGCUCCACCACCACACGGGAGAGCCCGGUGCACACCGCCAUCAACGACGGCCUCUCCAGCCUCUUCAACAUCAUCGACCACGGCCCUGUGGUGCAGGACCCCUUCCAGAAAGGGAUGCGGGCCUCGGCCUCCAGUCGGUCUCGUUCGGUGGAGCCCCGGCCAGAGCUGGGACCAGGCCAGGAAACCAGCCCCAGCUCCCGAGGCCGAUCGCCCAGCCCCAUCGCGGGCGGCGCUGAGACGUGCAGGGAGGAAGGGGGAGAGGGCACGCCAGUGAGGCAGGACCUGUCCGCUCCCCCUGGCUACACGCUCACAGAGAACGUCGCCCGGAUCCUCCACAAGAAACUGCUGGAACACGCCUUAAAGGAGGAGCGGAGGCAGGCUGCCCAUGGUCCCCCCAGUCUCAGCAGCGACAGCCACGCGGGAGAAACCGGCAAGGCCGAGCCGGGGUCCAUCGAGGAACUACCUUGUUCCGCACUAGCUCCGCCCCUAGAGCCCUGCUUCUCCAGGCCCGAGAGACCAGCAAACCGCCGCCCUCCGUCCCGGUGGGCCCCACACUCCCCCACUGCCUCACUGGCCCCGUCACCCGGGGACCCAACCUCCACAGAGGAGCUCGGCGACGAGGAGCCGCCCAUGGAGAAGCCACACCUGUGAUGCGGUUCGCAUGGACCAUCCGGGAAAAUCCACUGUAACUUGCAUAACCACCCAGUCGUCAUUGUCAACCGAACUCUGCCCCAAACGGAGAGAGCUGGUUUUCCCAAGGUCAAAGAAUGUUAACAAAAACAAACAAACAAAACAAACCACAGCUGCUGAAUGUUCAACCUAUGAACCUGAGAUGUUUCUAGAAUGAAACAGUAAAUGUGCCUGUAAGAACUUAACUUUUUCAUAGCGCAGAAAACUAUUUUUGUCUCCAUCUUUUUUACACACAGUAUAUUAAAAAAACAAGUAAAUAAGAUAAAUUUAAAAACAAAGUUUUAAAGAUGUACAUUUUAAGAGAUUCUGAAUACCCUUGCUCACAGUACUGACUGCCUCUGUUAAAUGUGCACUGUUAACAUUUUGGUUUGGUUUAUUUCCACAUUGAAUUAGGAUGUUUUAAGUUAAUCUUGUCAGUGUACUUGUUUUUUAAGAAUUUUUGAAAUGCUUCGGACCGUCUGAUUCAGUGUACUUUUUGUAAUGAAAACCCUGUGAGGCCAGGAGACAAGGCAGACUUCCUACAUCCUGGCGGGUGGACGCAGAGGCCUCAGCUUCCGCGCUCGCCGUGUGAUCCACGUGUUCCUGUCGGCCUGCAUGUCCACACGCCGCCAUGGCCUGUUCCACCCUGAGAUGCUGACUCCCCACGUCCUGCACUUGUACCACUGUUCUCUAGUGUCCAUGAUACAACAGCAUUUUAAAUUAUUGUUAAAGGAUUAACUGGCAAUCCAGUGUUUACUCAAAUUUUCUUGUUUAAGGAAAAGCACUACACAAAGUCUUGAGGAUACCAAAUGGAAAGAGAGGGGGGUGCCUCCGAGUCUGUGUGAGACAAUGAUGAAGAAGAAAUAAAGCCUGUACGAGCCGGCA